AUGGCAGCUGCACGUGGUAAUGGCCGACUUACCAAGAGGGAUCAAGGUGCUGGGCGGGCGCGAAAACAUCAAAAUCGCCGGGCCACCGCCGCCGUCGUCGUCACCCCUUCACGGGUUGAACUUUCGAAGACCGACCCUCCGCGCGACCCAAGCUCCGGGCGGAGGAAAAGGCACAAGGUUCGGAUCCGGCUUUUGAUGCCCAAGCCGGGUAUGGUCUAUUUUUGCGAUCGUUACCUCCUAAUGCGUGAACGACGCGACCGGGCGGUCGGGGUGGCGAUGCGAAGGGCUUUCCACCACCUGUCGAAGGCGCUGCUCAACGAACGCUUCGCUCAGAUGUUUGAAGCCGCGACCGAAGUGCAGCAGCAACACUUCAGGUGGUGGGGAAAUCUCAACGAGCAACAACAGGCCGCUUUCAACUCCGACAUCCUCUUCAAUUCCCUGCGACAGCACCCCUCCGUCGAGCCCUGGGCCCAGCAUAUCUCGAAAAGCCUCUUGACAAGCUUGUUCAUGAUUCUGCGCGCCGCUCGCAUGAACUGGCACCGUGCCCCGCAAUAUCCAUUUGAUAUUUCGCAGCAUUCGCUCCUGGCAAAGGUGAUCGACGCCUUCAACGCGACCAACGCUUUGUCGUGGGGUAGGGACGCCCCUUUCUUGAGAUGGAUGAUCCGCGGCGACCCCGGCCUUCACACCAAGAAGGAAAUCAUGAUGGGGGACGUCUCGAUGGACGUGGACGACGAGGACGAAAGGGGCCCGGGAGCUACGAGGGAUAUGGACACCAGCAGCGGCAACGGGGGAUAUUCGGACGGCGGCGCCCUUGCCAACCCGGCGAGUGCUAUCCCGGCUCGAGAGGAGAUGGAAGGGGUAAUUACACACGCCGACAAUGUCUUCCAGUUAACUUACGAUCAGGUCGUCGAAAGUAUGCGACUCCUUAGCAUUGAGGUUGAUGUCCCCUCCCUAGUCGAGGCAUUCGCUAGGCACAGCUUUAACGACGACGAAGGAGAAGGGGAUUCUUUUGACGACCUGGACACGGAUAUGGUUCCAAAUUGA